AUGCAGUUGUCCAAGUCAAACGGCCUCAAGACGAACCUUCCUGAUCCCAUCAAGCUUGAGCAGCAUGGCUAUGCCACAAAAGAGGCCGUCUUGAUAUCUUUAAAGAGGGCCGUCAGCCGCUAUUCCAUGCUCCAGGCAGAUGACGGCCACUGGCCUGGGGAGUUCGCUGGCACUUUAUUUCUCUUGCCCAGCUUGAUUGUAGCAUUGCAUGUGACUAGAUCACUGACUACCGUGUUGACAUCUGAACAUCAAAAAGAGAUUCGGCGAUAUCUCUACAAUCACCAGAAUGAAGAUGGGGGCUGGGGACUGCACAUCGAGGGGACAAGCACAAUGUUCUGUUCUGUCAUGAACUAUGUCGCUUUGAGAUUGCUAUGGGAGGGGCUGGAUUCACAUGGAUCCAUGCUGCAAGCUCGGAGUUGGAUCUUGGACCAUGGAGGAGCAACUUUAACACCAUCUUGGGGAAAAUUCUUUCUUUCGGUCCUUGGAGUAUAUGAUUGGUCGGGGAACAAUCCAUUGCCACCAGAACUAUGGAUGGUGCCCUAUUUCUUGCCGAUUCAUCCAGGGCGCAUGUGGUGUCAUUCUCGUUUGGUAUACUUGCCCAUGUCAUACCUAUACGGGAAGAGGUUUGUUGGAACUACAACAUCAAUUGUACAAGACUUGAGGAACGAGCUCUACACCGUACCGUACAAUGAGAUUGACUGGGACAAGGCCCGCAAUGGGUGUGCCAAGGAAGAUCUAUAUUAUUCCCAUUCACCACUGCAAGAUAUCGUAUGGGCUACUCUCAAGAAAAUUGGUGAACCAAUAUUUCUGCACUGGCCUGGCAGCAAUUUGCGGAAGAGAGCUCUAGACAAUGUCAUGAAACAUAUAAAGUACGAGGAUGAAACUACUCAAUACUUAUGCAUUGGUCCUCUAAAUAAGAUGUUGAAUAUGAUUUGUUGCUGGGUAGAAGAUCCAAACUCAGAGGCAUUCAAACUCCAUGUUGAAAGAAUAUAUGAUUUCUUAUGGGUCGCCGAAGAUGGCAUGAAGCUGAAGUCUUACAAUGGCAGCCAACUAUGGGACACGGUUUUGACAGUUCAAGCUAUAUUUGCUACUGGCUUGACAAAAGAGUUCCCCCAUACAAUAAAACUUGCCCAUGACUAUAUAAAACGUUCACAGAUUUCUGCGAAUUUUCCUGGAGAUCAAACCAAGUGGCAUCGUCAUAUAUAUAAAGGUGGAUGGACACAUUCAACUGCCGACCAUGGGUGGCCAGUAUCAGAUUGUACUGCAGAAGCAUUGAAGGCUAUACUGUUGUUGAUUAAGCUUCCUCGUAAAUUGGUUGGCGAGCCUAUGGAAACAAGCCGGCUUGAUGAUGCAGUCAAUAUUCUAUUGUCUUUGAUGAACGACGAUGGUAGUUUUGGUGCAUAUGAGCUAACAAGAUCUUAUGAAUGGCUUGAGUUGCUCAAUCCUUCCGAGAGCUUUGGGGACAUAAUGAUCGAGCAUUCGUACGUUGAGUGUACAUCAUCAGUAAUUCAGGGUCUAGUGUUAUUUAGAGAAAUGUACCCCAAACAUUGUCACAUGGAAGAGAUAGAAAAUUGUAUCCAAAAGGCUGCAGACUACAUUGAGAGCAUCCAAAGGAGUGAUGGAUCAUGGUACGGCUGUUGGGCUAUUUGUUUUACCUAUGGUACAUGGUUUGGGGUGAGAGGAUUGAUUGCUGCAGGCAGAACGUACAAAAAUAGCCAAGCAAUCAGAAAAGCAUGUGAAUUUCUGCUAUCCAAGGAGCUUCUCCCAUUAGGGGGGUGGGGAGAAAGUUACCUCUCCGGUCAAGACAUGGUUUACACCAAUCUUGAAGGCAACCGGGCUCACGCAGUCAACACUAGUUGGGCCAUGUUGGCCCUAAUUGAUGCCGGACAUGGCCAAAGAGAUCCUGCAUCUCUACAUAGGGCAGCCACGGUUCUGAUCAACUUCCAGUCGGAGGAUGGAGAGUUCCCUCAGCAAGACAUUAUUGGAGUUGCCAACCGCAACCUUAUACUCACUUACGCCCAAUACAGGAACAUCUUCCCUAUCUGGGCUCUUGGAGAGUACUACCGUAGAAUGGUCCUGACAACAUAA